AUGCCACAAUCCCCAGAAGUCCCGGGCACUGCUGCAAUUGCUUCGAGUCCGCCCUGUUAUCUUCUCGAGCUGCCAAUCGAGCUCCAGCUCGACAUUUACGAGCUAGCAGUCAUCUCAAACGAGCCGCUAUUGAUCAACUGUCCCUGCAACUCAUCCUACCGCCGUCGCUACGACCAAGAAAAGGCAGACAAGAAGCAAUGGGCAAAUGGAGAAAUACAGCCACCGCAGCAGCCCGCGUUGACUCUUACCUGCCGCUCGAUCAGAGCGCACGCUCUGCCAAUUUUCUACAAGGAGAACAUCUUCCGAGCGUCAUAUUGCCAUAGAGUCUUCCAAAGGUUCUCAGGUCUCGACGACCCGAUUCGAUGGCUUCGCAUGAUCGGCGCGCGGAAUCGGGAAACGCUGCGGCACUUUUAUUUCUACGAUAGGAAUGAGAAUCAGGACAGACAUAGCAAGCAGAUACUGCAGGGGUUGAAGGAGUGUGAAGUGUUCGGUGAGCUGGGAGGGAAGAUGGAAACGUUGAGUAGUACGUAUUGCUCUGCGCACUUGGUGAAGUUUGGAGAAUGGGAAAGGAAGGCCGGGGAGAUACCGGUUGCGUCGGAACCAGAAGUGCCGAGACUGAGAGUAGAAGGAGAGAUAUGA